AUGGACAGAGGUGACAGUGCCAGCGCUGUGACCUGCACUUUAUGUGGAGAGGCUUUCUCUUUGCCCGAGGACGAAGUUGAUGGCAACCUCCCACGUGUGCUGUUAUGUAGCCAUAUCUACUGCACCUCCUGCCUGCAGUCCAUUGAGUGCAGCAAUGUCAUCAGGUGUCCAGAGUGUGAGGUUGAGUCAAGCCUUCCCGAAGGUGGAGUGUAUGGACUGCAGGAGGACAGCAGAAUCAUCGGCCUCAUUUACACUGCUAAAAUAAACAAUAUGAAAAGGAAACACCCCAAGAAGAACAAACGGUUGCCAUUCACAGACAUCAAUGCCAAUACUGAAGAAGUGGAGCAGCUGGCUGAUAUUGAGAAGAUUGAGAAAGUGGUGGAUGAAGCAUUGGCCAGGGCUACAGAAAAUCUAGCCCAGCUGGAGCACAUAUACGAGACUCUGACGAGGGGUCUGGCAAAGCAGGUGAAAAGAGAGCAAGAUCGACUGGUGAUGGAGAUCAAGCAGGCUGCAAGCAAGGCUGUACAUGCUGUCCAAAAGUGGAAAGACGUGCAGUUGAAUCAGCUUACAAAAUUUGAGGAAAAACUCCCUGCCAGCCAAUCAGAGGUGUGCCGUGUCCAGGAGAGGAUGAAGGCCUUGGAGAUUGCCAUGCAGAUGGCCAGGGAAGUCCGCCGUGUCCCCUUCCUGGAGCAGUACUGUACCCUGGAUAAGGUUCUGGAGACUCUGCAGGCUCCUGUGGAUAAACAGUCCUUUGAUAUGAACUGCAUUACUCAGGGCUCAGGAAUGAGUUUUCCCAAGUCUCCACCCAAAGACCGCCAGCCGGGCACCCCCAACAGAAAUUCCCGUUGGCAACAUGCGGAGGGCAGAAACAGCAGCUGUACCCGGCCAGGUCACAACAGAUCUCCCAGCCCGCAGCACCAGGAGGGCCUGAUUACUAGCAGCCCGUCAUUGCGAGAAUCCUUUCCAACCCCGAGACCUCACCCCAGGUCCAAUCUGUCCCGUCACAGCUCUGCCUCAGAUCUCGUGACCCCAGACGUCAUCAUUGAGGAGUUUUUAGACCAGGGACAAGAGAAUGCUGAAGCACUCCCUCCAACUGGACCUGAGCUAGCAAAUGACAAAUGGAGAAGCAACAGAAAGAAGAAAAAGCAGAUGUUUGGCAGUAAGAGAAGGAGAGUCUCCCAGUGGGUGGUGGUGACGCACGUUGUGAAUCCCAGUCACUUCUACGUCCGCUAUGUAGCGGAGAGGAGGGGAAGCGAGAACCUGUCUAAGAAGAUUUACCGCCUCUGCAGCAAACAUAGUAGUCGCUUUUCCUCCAAUGACACAGUUGAGACUGGCUCCAAAGUCUUUGUAAAGUCAGAGGAGGGAAUUUGGUGCCGGGCCAGCGUGGUUGAAGUCUUCCAGACUGACUGUAGGAAGCCUGUGAAAGCCUGUCCGGUCACCCAGCUGGCCAGUGUCCAAGUCUACUUCCUCGACUACGGCUUCACCAAGAGUGUCACCAUUCAGAGUGAGGACGGGAACACCGAGUCUUUACUGAAGGCUGUGAACAACCACCUGAAGAAGGUGAAAGAGGCGCCGAAUUCAGAGCUGGGUCGCUUUGUUUCUCAGGCCAUCCGAUGUUCCCUCAAAGACCUUGUCCCAUAUGACCUGACCAAGGGUUGGAGCAAAGAGGCACAGGUUGAAUUUCAGAGUGUGGUUGGCUCUGCAGCAGUUGAGAUGCAUCUGUUCGGUCAGGACAGAGACACUUUGUUGGUGGACCUGAGGAAAUGUCCCAUGGACCAAUCCAGCCAAGUGCCCAUCUCUGUCAGAGAAUACCUCGUCUUCAUUGAAGUGGCCAGGUUGUAUUCUCCAGUGACGUUGGACAGGAGGCCCCUGUUGUACUAUCCUCCUAACUACCCCAAGAUCAACACAGAGCUCAAUGCUGUGGUGUCCAACAUCACUAACCCUGCUGACUUCCACAUCCAGCUGGUUGAUAACAUGGAGUCCUUGUUGCUCUCAGCCAAGCUGCAGGAAUGUUACAAUGUGACAUCAACUGGAGAAGAUGUCCUGGAUAUCUACUGUCCUGUCAUAGGACAGCCCUGUGUUGCCCGCUUUGACGACAAGUUGUGGUACAGAGCUCAGAUUAUAGGUCAUCCAGGGGGCAGGAAAGUAGAGGUGCUGUACGUCGACUUUGGAAAUACGAAAAUCCUGUCAGUCAGUGACCUGAGGAAGAUCAAAGAUGAGUUCUUUGCCCUCCCCUCUUUGGCAAUCCACUGCUGCCUGUCAGAUGUGUUUCCUCUGGACGGAGAGAACUGGAGUGAUGCUUGCAUCAAGACGUUCAUCAGCUUGGCUCACCAGAAACUGGUCACUAUCGUGGCUACAGCAAGUGUCCCCGAGACUGAGCUUCUGCCAGUCAAACUGUUUGAUAGCAGCCUCAAUGGGCCCGUAGCCAACAUAGCUGAGCUGCUGGUCAAAGAGGAGCUGGCCUGCUUCAGAGAGAGACUGAAACCCAAGGGUCCCCGGCCCCCUGGUGAUUACCCUGCCAUAUGGGAUCCACCACUCAACCUCGGAUCUUUGGCCACGGAAAGUCGUGAUGCCCCCAGUCAAAACGUCACCAGGGAACAGGAAGAGGAGCCACGUGAGUUUGACACUCAGCUGAAGAUCUGUGCCAAGCUCAAAGACCUGAAGGUCAGAGUCAGCCAUGUCAACUCACCGAGCAGCUUCUACGUCCAGUUCACCCAGUGCGACUCUCAGCUGAAAAGCAUGUGUGAGCGCAUGAAGAAGGAAUGUGAGCAUAUGGAGGCCCAAGAUGUGGUGUGGAAGGCGGACAUGUACUGUGCUGCUCAUAUUAACGGGGUUUGGGAGAGAGGACAGAUCUGCUCUGACGUCACAUCCAGUAACAUCGCUGAGGUGAUUCGCUGUGACCAUGGCAACAGGGCGAAGCUGCACGUCAGCAACCUGCGGCCGCUGCCACCUUCUUUGAUGGGUGCUCUGGCAGUGGAGUGCACUCUCACUGACAUCAGGCCAGCAGGAGGCCGAUCCACCUGGACAGCCACGGCAUGCGAUUUCAUCUCCUACUACCUCACUGGAGCCCAAGCUGUUUUGAAUGUCAAGGAGUUUACAGAUGAGCGUCCAGUGCACGUCACUCUGUUCUGCUCCAACAGGAUGGGACAGUUUGUCAGCAUUGCAGACUUUCUGGCUAAAGAGGGCCUCGCACUCAAGAAGAGGAAGCCAGCAUCUGUGUGUCCAAAACCUGCUCCCCGCACCAUUAUGUCUGCUGAAAAGGUGAAGACUCAGCUGUACCUCCCCCCAGAGUUGCCGUGUCUCGGUAACAUCCAGAUGACCAUUUCAGCCAUCGGAGAGGACGGCCUCAUUUACGCCCAAGCACAGAAUGCAGAGUGUCAGCUGGAGCAGCUGAGGGAGAGGAUCCAGCAGAGCAUGAAGACGCUGCCCAGACAGAAGCCAUACACCUGGAAGAUGGUCCAGGGCUGCGCUGUCAUCGGACCUGAUAUGCUGUGGUACAGAGGGCAGCUGCUGGAGUUGCUGGGAGGACACGUCAAGGUUCAGUAUGUGGAUUACGGUCUAGUGGAGAAUAUUCCAGUGGUCCAUGUUUACCCUGUGCUGCUGUGUGAGGAUGUUCCUCAGCUCUGUAUGCCCUGCAAGCUGCACCGCAUCAAACCUGUUGGGGGCAAGUGGCAGCAGGAUGCAAUCGGGCUGCUACGGGAGAUGUUGUUGAGCCGCUGUGUGGACAUGCAAAUCAUGGAGCUGCCAGCUGACCCGAGGGCCCCGCUCACUGUUGAGAUCUUCCUGGACAACAUGAGCCUCAGCAGGAUCCUGUGUCAACACGAACACGCCUCCAGUGACCGGACUGCCUCUGCACAGAAGCGACCCUCUAUGCUGCCUGUCACCUCCUUCCUGGACGACUGGGACAUCAACACUGAGGGUCUGAGGGAACCUGAGGAGCCAGUGCUGGGGCCCUUUAUCUACCAAAACAUGCCUCAGGAGGGAGAGGAGUUCAAGGUCAGGGUCAAGCACCUGUGGACCCCCAACGAGUUGUUCCUGUGGCCUCUGGAGGGGACAGCUGAUGUGGAGGUGGACAGAGAGACUCUGGACGAGGCUUUGGACCGAAUCAAUGCAAACAUUGACAGUUUGCCACGACUCACCACCUUCCCUGAAGGAGGUCCGUGUCUGGCAGAGUACAGUGACGGGAAGUAUUACCGGGCCAAGCUGAUGAAAUUCACCAGCUUGGAACCCAUCAAGAUCCUGGUCCAACAUGUCGACUUUGGCUCUGAUGACACUCUCCCCACCAGCAAGCUGCGUCAGAUUCCUGCAGAGCUGCUGCAGUUUCCAUCCCGGGCGCUCAAAGUCCGAGUCGCUGGCUUUAAGGCUCCCAGCGUCAACAGGCACGAGGACAAGCUGCCCUACAGCCCCGGGUGGAGCGUGAAGGCUGCCAUGGAAAUGAUCGACUUGUUACACUGCAACAUCACAGCUACUGUUUUGGCACGGAACCCAGAGCUCAAAGUGCUGCUGUACAAUGAGGAAGGGAAGCUAGUCCAUCUGCCUCUGGUGAGAAGCGGCCUGGCCGAGCUCGAGUGA